UUCUACUACUUAGUUCGAAAUUAACGACCUCAACGCAGAUUUACAUCGGUUACUAGAAUUUACGAAUUUAUUUUGUAAGCAGAACUGGAAUAAAACAUUUUUGUUAAAUAUAUGGUAUAUUUAUAUGGUAUAUACAUCUGUGGUUAUUCAAUUAUAUAACGCAUUCAUCCGGCAGCACGAUGUUGAUAACUUAAAUCGAGUCUAGAGCGAUAUUCAAAGCAGGGGCCACGCUACACAGGCGUUGCUAUUCGCUUAGUUGUAGCUGGAACUUAAUCUAACUGUGACGUACACAUCGUCGUUUGUUAUUAUACUUUAUAUCCACAGAUUAUAAAAAGAAGUGAUGCCGACGUACAAGUUGUACUACUUUAACCGGACGGCUGUUGGUGAGGGCAUUCAUCUAUUACUUGGCUACGGCGACCAGGAAUUCGAAGAGUGCAGGUUGAAAAAGGAAGAUUGGCCCGCAUUAAAACCAUUGAUGCCCUUCGGUCAAGUGCCGGUACUUGAGAUCGAUGGUAAAAAGUAUGCACAGAGCACCGCCAUCGCUCGCUACCUUGGCCGCAAGUAUGGUCUGGCUGGCAAAGACAUCGAAGAAGACUUCGAGAUCGACCAAAUUAUUGAAUUUUUUAAUGAUAUUCGCAACAGGGCAUCAGCGACUUUCCACGAAACGGAUAAAAAUACAAAGGCUAGGAUGCAGGAAGACAAUGAAAAGAAUCAUUAUCCAUUUAUGUUGAAAAGGUUAGACGACAUAAUCACCAAAAACGAUGGGCACAUGGCUCUUGGAAAGCUCACUUGGGCAGACUUUGUUUUUGCUGGCAUGUACGACUGUCUUAAGUUGUUACUUCACAUAUCUGACUUAGACAAGAAGUAUCCGAGUUUCAAGAAACUACGAGAGAAGGUGUUGGCCAUACCCGAAGUAAAGGCGUUUCGUGAAAAAAACCCCUAAGUCUGAUUUCUGAAA